AUGCAUAGAACAGAGAUAAAAUACAAGUGUGCUCAGAAUAAAGGUGUUUUUGAGGGGACAAAGACAGCAAUAUGUAGCUACGGCUUAUGGGAUCCUCCUGAUUUGCCAAUUUGCAGAGAUAAAUGUUUCGUCCCGCCCAAUGUAUUGCCUCUGAAGCCACUGGCAUACAGACAUGGCUCGACUGUUGCCUUCGCGGGUUGUGUCGAUGGUACCGUUUCCAACGGCGUGACGUCAGCAUUAUGCCAAGAUGGUGAAUGGUCUGAUGACGUUAUUUGUUCAGUUCCUCCAACGACGACUAUAAAGGCAACGACGGAGAAACAAUUAACAACCAUUAACCCGACCACUGGUGUACUUGAUGCUAGAACUACCUCAAACACCAAUGGAAUUACGUCGUUCAAAACAACAGAAGCUCAGAAUCCAUCAUCAGACGUCAUUAGUACACAACAAAAGAUCACAACUAAUACCAUUACGACACAGAAACCAACAACAGACAUCACUGCUACAGGGCUACUUUCUACAACUUAUAUCACUGCAGCACAGAAGGCAACAACACAACAAUCAACAACAGACAUUCGUACUAAGGAACAAAUGUAUCAAACCUAUAUUACUAGAACGCAUGAAUCUUCAACAGACCUACCAACUACACAGCAAAUGCCCAUUACCGAUAUUUCUACAAAGCAGAAAUCAACAACAAGCGCCAUAACAGAGGGAAUGCCCACAACUUACAUUCAUACCACAUACAAACCAACUCCAUACAUCCUCACUACGGAUCAAAUGGCCAUAACCGACAUAGCUACAACACAGGAACCAACAAAAGACAUUCCCACUACGAAUAAAUUGCCCGCGAUUGAUAUUUCUACAAUACAUUUAUCAACAGCAUACAUUCUUACAACCGAGCAAAGUCCCUCAGCAGGUAUCAGCACAACACUGAUAUUACCAACAGACCUUCCUUUUACAGAACAAAUAGCCACAUCCGCUGUAACUACAAAAAAUACGCGUGAAACUUCAGAGCCAAUGCCCACAACUGAUAUUCAUACAACAGAGGAAUCAACAACAGAUAUUCCCACAUCCGAUAUCCGAACAACACAGAAACCAACAUCAUAUAUAUCCACUACAGAGCAAAUUCCCACAACUACUGAUAUCCUUACACCUGAGGAAUCAACAACAGAUAUUCCCACAACAGAUCCAAUGCCCACAACUGACAUCGCUACAAAGCAGGAAUCAACAGACAUUCCCACUACAGAGCAAGUUGUCAAAACCACUUAUAUCCUUACAACAGAGAAAUUAACAACAAAUAUUCCAACUGCAGAGCUAAUGCCCUCAACAGCACAUGAACCAGCAUCGUAUAUAUCAACUACAAAGCAAAUUCCUACCACUGAUAUCCUUACAGAAGAAAAAUCAACAACAAAUUUUUACACUUCAGAGCUAAUGCCCACAACUGAUAUUCCUACAAAACAAAGAGCAACAACAGAUUUUCCUACGACUGAGCUAAUGUCUACAACUAAUAUUCCUACAACACAGAGAGUAACAACCUAUACUCCUGCUACAGAGCAUGUUUCCACGACCGAUAUCCCAACAACACAGAAACCAACUUCAUAUAUAUCCACUACAGAGCAAAUUCCCACAACUACUGAUAUCCUUACACCUGAGGAAUCAACAACAGAUAUUCCAACAACUGAGCUAAUACCCACAACUAAUAUUCCUACAACACAAAAAACAACAACAGAUAUUCCCACAACAGAUCCAAUGCCCACAACUGACAUCGCUACAAAGCAGGAAUCAACAGACAUUCCCACUACAGAGCAAGUUGUCAAAACCACUUAUAUCCUUACAACAGAGAAAUUAACAACAAAUAUUCCAACUGCAGAGCUAAUGCCCACAGCAGCACAUGAACCAGCAUCGUAUAUAUCAACUACAAAGCAAAUUCCUACCACUGAUAUCCUUACAGAAGAAAAAUCAACAACAAAUUUUUACACUACAGAGCUAAUGCCCACAACUGAUAUUCCUACAAAACAAAGAGCAACAACAGAUUUUCCUACAACUGAGCUAAUGUCUACAACUAAUAUUCCUACAACACAGAGAGUUACAACAUAUACUCCUGCUACAGAGCAUGUUUCCACGACCGAUAUCCCAACAACACAGAAACCAACAUCAUAUAAAUCAACUACAGAACAAAUUCCUACCACUGAUAUCCUUACAGCAGAAGAAUCAACAACAGAUAUUCCCACGAAAGGGCUAAUGCCCACAAAUGAUAUUCCUACAACGCAUAGAGCAACAAAAGGCAUUUCGAGUUCAGAGCCAAUACCCACAACUAAUAUCCCUACAACGCAGGGAUCAACAGAUAUUCACACAGCAGAACAAGUUUUCACAACCGAUAUCCGAACAACACAUGAUCCAAAAUCAUAUAUAUCCACGACAGAGAAAGUUCCAACAACCACUGAUUUCCUUACAACAGAGACAUUAACAACAUAUAUUCCCACUGCAGAGCUAAUGUCCACAACAGACAUUCGUACUACAGAGAAAGUUCCCACAAGCAAUAACCCUUCAACGACACAGGAACCAACAUCAUAUAUAUCCACUUCGGAGCUAAUUCCCACAACCACUGAUAUCCUUACAACAGAGGAAUCAACAACAUAUUCCACUUCAAAACCAAUGCCCACAACAUAUUUUCCCACAUCCGAUAUCCGAACAACACAUAAGCCAACAUCAAAUAUAUCCACUACAGAGCGAAUUCCCACAACUACUGAUAUCCUUUCACCUGAGGAAUCAACAACAGAUAUUCCCACAACAGAGCCAAUGCCCACAACUGACAUCGCUACAAAGCAGGAAUCAACAGACAUUCCCAAUACAGAGCAAGUUGCCACAACCCCUUAUGUCCUUACAACAGAGAAAUUAACAACAUAUAUUCCAACUUCUGAGCUAAUGCCCACUACAAAUAUUGCCACUACAGAGCAAGUUCCCACAACCACUGAUAUCCUUACAACAGAGAAAUCGACAGCAAAUGUUCCAACCUCAGAGCUAUUGCCCACAACAGAUAUUCCUACUACAGAGCAGGUUUCCACAACCAACAUCCCUUUAACGACACAGGAACCGACAUCAUAUAUAUCCUCUACAGAGCAAAUGCCCACCACCACUCAUAUCCUUACAACAGAUAAAUCAACUCAUUAUAUAUCCACCGCAGAGAAAAUUCCUACCACUGAUGUCCGUUCAACAGAUGAAUCAACAACAGGUAUUUCCAUAACUGAGCUAAUGACCACAAAUGAUAUUCAUACAACACUGAGAGCAGCAACAGACAUUUCCACUUCAGAGCUUGUGCACACACCUGAUAUCCCUGCAGCGCAGGAGUCAACAGAUAUUCCCACUACAGAGCAAGCUCCCACACCCGAUAUCCGCACAACACAGGAGCCAACACCUUACAUAUUCACCACAGAGCAAAUUCCUACCACUGAUAUACUUUCAACAGAUGAAUCAACAACAGGUAUUCCCAUAAUUGAGCUAUUGCCCACAACUGAUAUUCAUACAACACAGGAAGCAACAACAUAUAUUCUUACUACAGAGAAAGUACCCACAACCGAUAUCCAAGCAACACAUACCGCAUCAUACAUGUCCACUACGGAGAAAAAAAUUCCUACCACCAAUUUCCUUUCUGCAGAGGAUUCAACAAUAAACAUUCCCACUACAGAGCUAAUGCCCACAACUGAUAUUCGUAUGACACAGGAAGCAACAACAUAUAUAUCCACUACAGAGCAAAUUCCUACCACUGAUUGCCUUACAACAGAGGAAUCAACAGCAAAUAUUCCCACGACAGAGCUAGUGUCCACAACUGAUACUCCUACAAAACAAAGAGCAACAACAAAUUUUCCUACAACUGAGCUAAUGUCAACAACUAAUAUUCCUCCAACACAGAGAGUAACAACCUAUACUCCUGCUACAGAGCAGGUUUCCACGACCGAUAUCCCAACAACACAGAAACCAACAUCAUAUAUAUCAACUACUGAACAAAUUCCUACCACUGAUUUUCUUACAACAGAGGAAUCAACAGCAAAUAUUCCCACGACAGAGCUAGUGUCCGCAACUGAUACUCCUACUACAGAGCAAGUUUCCACAACUAAUAUCUCAACAACACAGCGAUCAACAUAUAUUUCCACUACAGAGCAAGUUUUCACAACCAAUAUCCCAACAACACGGGAACCAACACCUUAUAGAUCCGCAACAAAACAAAUUCCUACCACCUAUAUAGUUUUAACAGAGGAAUCAACAACAAAUAUUCCAACUACAGAGGUAAUGCACGCACCUGAUAUUCCGACAACACAAAAAACAACAGAUAUUCCCCCAACAGAACGAGUUCCCACAACCGAUCUACCUACGACACAGGAACCAACACCUUAUAUAUCCACCACAGAACAAUUCCCUACAAUCGAUAUCCUUUCAACAGUAGAAUCAGCAACAUAUAUUCCCAUUACAGAGCAAAUGCACACAACUGAUUUUCCAACAAUACAGGAGUCAACAACGAAUAUUCUCACUACAGAAGAAAUGUCUUUAACUGAUCUCCCUAUAUUACAGAAAUCAACUACAGAUAUUUCAACUACAAAAGUAAUGCCAACUACUGAUUUCAUUACAACACAGAAAGAGAAGACAGAUAUUCCAAGUACAGAGCAAAUUCUAAGAACUGAUAUUCUUACAACACAAACAUCAACAACAUAUAUUCUAACUACAAAUCUAAUGCCUACAACCAAAGUAACUAUAACCGCGAAAGUACCGACAUACAUUCCCAUCACAGAGCAAAUUACUACAAAUGUUAUUCCUACAACACAGAAAGCUCGAACAGAUAUGCCCACUACAGAGCAAAUCAUUACAACUGAUAUGCCUGCAACACAGGAAUUAACAUCGUAUAUUCCUACUACAGAGAAAAUACCUAAUACCGAUAUCACUUCAAUGGAGACACCAACAAAAGACAAACCAACUACAACGUAUAUCACUACGAAACAUACACCUACAACAAACAUCCCCACUCCACAGCAGAAGUUCAGUGCAAAAUUUACCACACCAGAAACAUCACCAACAAAAGUCAUUACUAAAGAACAGAUGUUAAGUACCGAUAAACAUUUUAUUUCAAAACAGAGACCAACGACAGACACCCUUACCACAGAGCACAUGUCUACUACGUAUAGUACUACAACACAAAUCCCCACAGCAGACACCUUCACCAUAGAGCACAUGUCUACUACCUAUGGUGCUGCAACACAAAUCCCAACAACAGACACCCUCCCCACAGAGCACAUUCCUACUACCUAUGGUGCUACAACACAAAUCCCUACAACCGACACCCUUACCACAGAGCACAUGCCUACUACGUAUGGUGCUGCAACACAAAUCCCUACAACCGACACCUUCACCACAGAGCACAUGCCUACUACCUAUGGUGCUACAACACAAAUCCCUACAACCGACACCCUUACCACAGAGCACAUGCCUACCACCCAUGGUGCUACAACACAAAUCCCUACAACCGACACCCUUACCACAGAGCACAUGCCUACUACGUAUGGUGCUACAACACAAAUCCCUACAACAGACACCCUCACCACAGAGCACAUGCCUACUACGUAUGGUGCUACAACACAAAUCCCUACAACCGACACCCUUACCACAGAGCACAUGCCUACUACCUAUGGUGCUACAACACAAAUCCCUACAACCGACACCCUUACCACAGAGCAUAUGUACUCGUCCGGGAUCACUUCACCAGAAACAUUAGCAACAAAAAUCCUUACCACAGGACAAAUGGUCAUCACCAAUAUAGAUGCAACUACAAGACAAGACUCAACACCAGUCAUACAUACCACCAUGACAUCAGUACGCACACCAAGAAGUGAUAGCAUUACAGAAAAGACCUCAACAACAGAAAUCAUUCAUGCCGAUAUCAAUUCAACACCACAUACAGAUUUCCUUACUUCAGAAGAAAUGCACGUUACAGGCUUUACUACGAUACAGCAAGCAAAAACUUAUUCUGUCACGCCACAACACAGGUUAUCAACUCGAGAACAAACAACUUCCAACCCUUAUAGGAGUAACCUUUCACAAGAUGAGACAAUAUCUUUCUCUACAACACAUGAUAAGACCAGCAAUAUAAUCACCCAUCCUGCCACCACCAGAUCAUCUGCAUCUCACCAAGCGAAUCAUUCGCAGACAACUGAAGAGCCUCCUGGGAGGAUAAGUGAUACACUUCUCAUCAUCUUAGGAACAGUCGGUGGUGUUGUCAUUCUCCUUAGUUCGGUGACAUGUUGCCUGUGCUGCCUUUGGAUGGCCAUACUUCGCUCUAGACGUGGUCGCAGGAGAGCACAUUCGGCAAUUGGUGAUAAUAUAGUACAUGUAAGUACAAGUAAUGACAAAUAUUAA